AUGGUUUCAUUUCAAGAGAAAUUGAAGGCGUUGUUGAGCCACAGAUGGAUGGUGUUUGUGUGUGCAAUGUGGGAUAUGUCAUUUGUGGGAACAGCUUAUAUGUUUGGAAGCAUAUCACCUGUGAUAAAGAGUAGCAUGGGUUACAACCAGAAGCAGGUGGCUUUCUUGAGUGUGGCUAAGGAUUUGGGUGAUAACGUUGGCCUUCUUGCUGGGAAAAUCAGUGAAAUAUCUCCCACUUGGCUUGUUAUACUUGUUGGUGUUGUUCAGAAUUUUGUUGGUUAUGGCCUUGUUUGGCUCAUUGUCACUCACAGGUUUCCUUCUUUACCUUUGUGGCUGUUAUGCAUUUUCAUCUUCGUGGGACAAAAUGGAUCUACAUACUACAACACAGCUUCUCUGGUUUCCUGUGUGCAAAAUUUCCCUGAAAGUAGAGGGCCAGUGGUGGGGAUAUUGAAGGGAUUUGUUGGCUUAAGUGGUGCAAUUUGGACUCAAAUCAUAGCUAUGAUCAAUAUCCCUGAUCAAGCAUCUCUGAUUUUCAUCGUAGCAGUUGGACCUGCAAUGGUUUCUUUCACCCUCAUGUUCAUCAUAAGACCCAUUGAAAAUUACAAGUUACAAUCUAGAGCUUCUGAUGGUUCAGGCUUCUUGUUUAUCUACAGCAUUUGCCUUCUCUUGGCUGCUUAUUUGAUGGGAAUUUUGCUGCUAGAGAAUAUGCUGGAUUUGGAACAAAGCACCAUCACAUUAUUAGCACUUGUUUUGAUCAUUCUCAUAUUGCUUCCAAUUAUAGUUCCUAUUCUGUUGGUUUUCUUCUCUGAACCCAAAAGUCAUGAUGAGGAAACCCUUCUUGAACAACCACCAGUGGCAGCAGCAACUAAAUCUAUGCAUGCAGAUGAUGAGACUAGUGCUGGUGCCAAUCAUGUUGAAAAUGAGAAGCCUCCAAUGCCAGAUGUGCUUCCACUCUCAGAAGGGCCAAGAGACAUGGUUCAAUUUCAAACUAAGCUUUUCCAUGCAGUCACUUCAGCCGUGAAGAAAAUCAAGCAAAAAAAUGGUCCCCAUAGAGGAGAGGAUUUCACCUUGACACAAGCACUGGUCAAGGCUGAUUUUUGGAUCAUGUUCUUCUCUUUAGUCUUGGGUGCUGGAUCAGGUUUGACAAUAAUAAACAACAUGGGUCAGGUUUGUCAAUCUUUGGGAGAUGACAACAUCAAUGUUUAUGUAUCAGUUAUCAGCAUAUCAAACUUCCUUGGUCGUGUUGGUGGCGGCUAUUUCUCAGAGGUUAUAGUAAGAAAUUUUGGGUACCCGAGACUUGUUGCAUUGGCAGUGAUACAGGCAGUGAUGUCAUUGGGACUCUCCUACUAUGCCUUGGGCUUAGUUGGACAAGUUUAUGUGGUGGCAAUAUCUAUGGGUUUUGGUUAUGGUGCCCACUGGUCAAUUGCACUAGCUGCAGCUUCAGAACUAUUUGGCUUGAAGAACUUUGGGAGUUUGUACAAUUUCCUUACUAUGGCUAGCCCAGCUGGUUCUCUAUUUUUAUCUGGAUUUGUAGCAAGCACAAUAUACGACUAUUAUGCUGAGCAACAAGCAAAACACCGAAUGCAAACUUAUAGAGCCUCGGUUAACUUUGCUAUGCCUUAUGUCACUGAAAAUAAUGAGUUGCUGCUUUGCAAGGGAAACAUAUGCUAUUCCCUAACAUGUGGAAUCUUAGCAGUAGUUUGCUUAUUAGCAACUGCUUUGAGUUUGGUCAUAGUUCACAGGACUAAGAGGUUCUAUGCCCAACUUUAUGGGAAGUCUUGAACUUGAUUAGGG